CGCGCCCACCGUACACGCUGGUACAGUUUCGAAGUAGUGCGCCUCUGACAAUUGGCUUAUCAAGCAAACCAACAGAACUGACAUGAUGCUGUGGAAGAAAGCCUUCCUGGUGUGUGCGUUGUUGGUGACCGUUCAGGCGGAACCACAACCUCAGCUGCUCAGUGGACUUACCUCGAUCGUCGGAUCGGCCAUCAACGGAGUGUCCACGCUGCUCAACGGAUUGGCCGCGGGAUUCGCUGCUGGUACGUCGGGCUCACUCUCGGCGAGCGGUAGUCUGACCGGAGGCAUCACCAUCGGUGGCGUUACGCUCGGAGGUACCGGAUCGUUCAACUCGAACCUCCCGAUAUUGAACCUCCUCAACAAUGUGGUCUCGUCGACGCUGAACGCGCUCAACACGGCCGUCACGAACCUCGGUACGACGGCUGGUACGGUGCUGACCAACACGCUGACCACCAUCACGAACACGCUGAACGGAUUGCUCGGCGGGGUCAGCACUAGCUUGGGCACGAUCGGCAGUGGGCUGUCCGGUGCUCCAACCACCGCCAACGGUCAGAUCGUCAUCAACGCACUCACCAACGUCGCCACCGCCGUCAACUCGGCCGUCAAUGCCGCUUCGUCCGUGUUCGGUAACUCCACGGUUGCGGCUGCCCUGGGCAAUCUGACCAGCUCGCUCAACACCGACCUAGCCACCGCCAUCCAGGCCAUUAACAAUGCCACCGCCAACCCCGGCACGGCAACGACCCUGCUCGGAGCGCUCGGCCCGAACGGCAUCAACACGAUCGCGACCGUGCUGGGAGAUGCGGCCAACAUCCUGUACACGACGGCCAACAUCCCGCUGCAGCUGACGGCGGCCGCCAACGUGAAUGCCACGCUGGCCGCAAAUGCCGGUGUCCCGUACACUGCUGCCGGUAUUGCCGCGGUCAAUGCGACCGUCAACGCUGCCCUGACCAACGCCAACAACGUGCUAAACGCUGCCCUCGGAUCGUUCAACAGCAUCAUCGCGAACGUACAGCCAGCUACGAACGCUGCCCUGGCGCAGGCCAGCACAACCAUCAACAACGCGCUCACGGCCCUGAACCGAGUGUUCAAUCUGUUUGCCGGCAGCACGAAGGCAAGCGUCACGACCGCUGCCCAGCUGGGCUACAGGAAUCUGACCGACCUCGUGCUAACUCUCCAGGAAAGUCUGGCCGUGCUGAACACGGUCACGCUGAAUGCGGUCGUCACGGCUAACGCGUCGAUCGCCGCCAACGCUUCGGCCGUGAUUGGGCCGAUCAUCAGCAAUCUCGGCAGCACGAAUGCGACCGUCGUUGCGUGCUCGCAAACGUAUCUGCCACUCGCCGUACGCACCAACGUGUACUACACCACGGCGCUCGGCUCGUGCGUCGUAGAGGCGACGACCGUCGCCGACAUUCUGGUCGGCAAUACGAUCGCUGUGGUCAAUUCGGCCGCUUCACGCAUCAGCACCUCAACCGCCGGUGUGACGGCCUGCAUUUCGGCCAUCUUCCCAACGACACUGUGCACCAGUGCGACCGUCCCGAACGCUCCGGCCUACAUCACGAACGUCGCGCUCGAUGUCGCCCAGAUCAAGACCGGUGAGGUGAUCGACGUUGCCAACACGGCGAACAGUGUGGCAACGUGCACGGCCAACACGGCCAAUGCGGCGGCGGCCGAUUUCGCUGCCAUUGCUGCCGCGUACAACCAGUGCAUCGGAGCCUAGAGCGAUCGAUGAGUUGCUUUAAGCCGGUGAGCUAUUAUUCUAAUAAAGAAGGGCUUCUUAACAUAUUCUCCACCACCUGUAAACUGCAAA